AGGCGUUUUAUUUAUAUGCUGAAUCUUAUUCCAUUCUUAUUUCUCUACCGAUGUGGGACAAAAAGUUCAAAUUACACAUAACAAAAGCCAUUUUAGCAAAACUUUUCGAAUGUUUAAUCAGCAACAAACAAAGAAGAUGGCCAAAAUUAUGAACAUGUGAAGGACAACUUAAAAUAAUAUUUUAUUUUUAAGGCAGAUUAUGAAAGUGAUAUCAGCAAUCAUAUAUAUAAAAUAAUAAUAAAGAAGAACUUCUUGAAAUUCACCAAAACCAAACAAAAGGCCGAAGAUGAUGAACAUAGUUUAGCAAUUUAUUAAUUUUCAAUUAAAGAACUGGAUUAGUGAUAAUCAACCAAGAUAAUUUGCUCAUCCUAUAUCCAUUUUUGGUCAGGUUUUUUUUGUAGAAAACAAUGGAAGAGAAGUGUGGAAUCAAGAAGGAUGUUACUGAGUUAAUAGGUAAUACUCCUAUGGUAUAUCUCAACAAUAUCUUGGAAGGUUGUGAUGUACGAAUUGCUGCGAAGCUUGAGAAUAUGGAACCUUGUUAUAGUGUUAAAGACAGGAUUGCCUACAGUAUGAUCAAAGACGCAGAAGAAAAGGGCUUAAUUACACCAGGCAAGACUGUUCUUGUCGAGGUUACUAGUGGAAAUACCGGUAUUGCUAUGGCAUCAAUAGCUGCAGCAAAAGGUUACAAGGUUAUCAUAGUCAUGCCAGCUAUCAAGAGUCUUGAGAGAAGGAUUAUAAUGUUAGCUUUUGGAGCUGAGUUGUACCUAACAGAUCCGAGCAAGGGCUAUAAUGAGAUUAUUAAGAAGGCCGAGGAGAUAAUGAGAAAUACACCAAAUGCUUAUAUGCUUCAUCAAUUUGAAAAUCCUGCUAAUCCAAAGAUUCAUUAUGAAACCACGGGCCCAGAGAUUUGGAAAGACUCGGGAGGUAAAGUUGAUGUCUUGGUCGCUGGAAUAGGGACAGGUGGUACAGUAACUGGUGCAGGCAAAUUCCUUAAGGAGAAAAACCCAGGCAUCAAGGUUUACGGUGUUGAACCAACUGAAAGUGCAGUCUUGAAUGGAGGAAAACCUGGUUAUCAUAUGAUUCAAGGACUAGGUGCUGGUAUUGUGCCGCGUGUUCUGGAUGUUGGCAUGCUUGAUGAAGUUGUUACAGUAUCAAGUGAGGAAGCUAUAGAAACUACCAGGCUGCUUGCUUUGAAGGAAGGUCUGCUGGUGGGAAUAUCAUCUGGUGCUGUGACUGCUGCUGCUAUAAAGUUGGCAAAGAGACCAGAAAAUUCUGGGAAACUCAUUGUUGUACCAUCGGCUUUGGUGCCAAGUCAUGAAGCUAUUGAAGCUGGUAAAGAUGCUUACAGAAGGCUUGCUGAGUACCAAGAAGAUAUGGAGAACAACUUUGCAAUCAAGAAAGACAUCACUGAGCUAAUAGGAAAUACCCCUUUGGUAUAUCUGAAUAAGAUUGUAGAUGGUUGUGUAGCUCGCAUUGCUGCCAAACUUGAAAUGUUUGAACCUACUGCUAGUGUCAAAGACAGAAUUGCAUACAGCAUGAUUCAAGAUGCAGAAGAUAAGGGCUUGAUUACUCCAGGGAAGACUGUCCUUGUUGAACCUACAAGUGGUAACACUGGCAUUGGUUUAGCAGCAAUUGCUGCAGUGAAGGGUUACAAAAUUAUACUCACAAUGCCUGCUUCAAGUAGUAUUGAAAGAAAAACUGUUCUACGAGCAUUCGGAGCUGAGGUUUGCCUUUCUGAUCCAGUAAGGGCAUUUCCAGGGGCUCUUGAGAAGGCAGAGGAGAUUCUGAGUAAAACACCUGAUGGGUACAUGCUUCAGCAAUUUGACAAUCCUGCAAAUCCAAAGAUUCAUUAUGAGACCACUGGCCCAGAAAUAUGGAGAGACACGGGAGGAGAAGUCGAUAUCUUGGUUGCAGGAGUUGGAACUGGUGGUACUGUGACUGGAGCUGGGAGAUACCUCAAGGAGAAAAAAACCGAGAUUAAGGUGUAUGGUAUAGAACCAGCUGAAAGUGCUGUUCUAAAUGGUGAAAAAUCCGGCCCGCAUCUGAUCCAAGGACUUGGUGCCGGUGUUAUUCCUAAUGUUUUGGAUAUUGAGUUGCUGGAUGAAGUUUUCAAAAUAUCAGGGGAAGAAGCCAUUGAAACUGCUAAGCAGCUUGCCUUGAAAGAAGGUUUGCUGGUUGGGAUAUCUUCAGGAGCAGCUGCAGCUGCUGCAAUUAGAUUGGCAAAAAGGCCUGAAAAUGCAGGCAAACUCAUUGUUGUUAUAUUCCCCAGUUUUGGAGAGCGUUACUUGUCUUCCAAGCUUUUUGAUUCAAUUAGGCUGGAAGUGGAAAGUAUGACUUAUGUUGAAUAAGAUACAGAUUUGAACUUUUUGAUUCAAUUAGAGACGGAAUUCGACUUUACGGAGAAAAGGGAGCACAAGUGAAUUGGCGUAAUGACAGUUUCGUAAUUCUGCCAAAAUUGAAAGUGUGCGAUUUGGGCAGUUUGGACUUAAAUUUAUUAGAGAAAUUACACCCUACACUAUAAAAAGGCAAAAUAUUUAAUCUUCUUCAUUAAUGAA